AAUGUUGACAGUUGCAUUGUGGGAGACGGGUGAUUGACACCGCCGCCAUUUUGCUCCCGCUCCGCUUCCAUUGUGUGAGAUAGUAAAUAUUCGACUCUGCCAGACAAGCACAACACUCUCGUACCGUAGCGAAGAAGCAGCGUUAAAUUCACCGCCGGUAAUUUUUUGACAUAAUGGCUCGUACCAAACAAACCGCUCGUAAAUCCACUGGAGGAAAAGCUCCUCGUAAGCAGCUCGCCACCAAGGCUGCCCGAAAGAGCGCCCCCUCCACCGGCGGAGUGAAGAAGCCCCAUCGUUACAGGCCCGGCACAGUGGCUCUGAGAGAGAUCCGUCGGUACCAGAAGUCCACUGAGCUGCUGAUUCGUAAGCUGCCGUUCCAGCGCCUGGUGAGGGAGAUUGCUCAGGACUUCAAGACUGACCUGCGUUUCCAGAGCGCUGCCAUCGGCGCCCUGCAGGAGGCCAGCGAGGCGUACCUGGUGGGUCUGUUUGAGGACACUAACCUGUGUGCCAUCCAUGCCAAGCGCGUCACCAUCAUGCCCAAAGACAUCCAGCUGGCACGCCGCAUCCGUGGAGAGCGCGCUUAGUCAGCCUCACUAAUGUUCCUGUUUUUCUCUACCUGUCCCUGCCCUCCUUCCUUAAUUCCACCCUACCCACCUGCCUCCACCCAACCUCCCUCUCUCUACCCAGCCGGCCCAGCUUCUCAGUAGACUUUAGCGUAACCCUAAUAUGAAGAGAUAGAAAUAUGUUGAAGUCAUGUCUCUCAUAGUUGUUUUUUUUUGUUCUCACCAAAUGUUUUAGGGUACCUUUUUUGUGCAUGUAAAAGGUUUAGCAGAUCAGACUCACUGUGCACACAUGGUAAAUCAGGCAUCACAGGGUUUGGGUGGUACUACAAAACAUGAAUCCCACCCUUGAGCUCACCUGGAUUUUUCUACAGUGGUGGACAGGUAGGUGCAUUUUGUGUGGCACACAGGUAAAUCAGAGGGACUUGACCGAGGGGCUAGUCUGCUUAAGCGGAGCUGCAACUUCCACAGCAGGGUGCUAUUAAAACUAGUCCCCAGGCCCUUGUCCAUCUGAACACCCUCCUCCCCUCUCCACUCAGUCCGUCCCUCUCAACUCAGCUCACUGCACCUCCUUCACCUCAGUGAUCUGUAGUGGGAGGGGAUGCUGGUCUGUUGGUGCGUUUGUGUGGAUGUGUGAGCUCUGAUCUUCAAAGCCACUUGUGUGCAACAAACAAGAAUCUCUUGGUUGCUUGAGAAUAUUGAUUAUCGUUGUGGAUAUGGUGUCUAUUCUUUUUCUAUGCAUAUACAUCGAGGAUGAGCAUCUCUUCCUUUACCACUUCCAAAAUAAGAGAAAAUUAAUCGAUAUUGAUAUUGUCAGCAUGGUUGUCAUUUUUUUUUUUUUUUUAACAGUGAUCCGAUGUAUUGUAGAAAAUCCGGAAGGGCUUCUUUGUUUUCCAAGGCAACCUCUAGCCUAAGGGCAGCCACAAGGGGGCGAUGGUUUAACGUCUCCUCUUCCAAUCAAUUGUUCUCUGUAGAUCAGUUAUAGGCUUCUUUCUCUCCAUGUUUAUCAAAUAGAUGUUAGACUUGACAAAACACUAUGAAUAGAAUCAUGGUGAAAGCUACACUGCAUGUUUAGGGUCUGCGUCUCCUGCACUCUGUAGAUCUGAGCAUAUAUAAUCUGUUCUUUCUCAAAAUUUGUGAUACACAAUAUAACCUCAUAUAUGUUUUCUUUUAUAUUUUUCUUAUUCCUCAAGAUUUUCAGAAGUAUAAAUGAGCUGAUCUUUGUAUUUUCCAAGUUUCUCAUUUUAUGGUGGUAAUAAAUAGGUGUUAGAAUAAA